CCGCUUCGUUGUCUGUUGUCAAUUGCAAAAUAUUUUAUUUUUCAGUUUUAACGGGUCAGCACAGAGAUUUACAAAUAUUAACUAAUAAAAUAAUUGUGUACUGCUGCCGAAUCAACGUUCGUGUACAGUGUUUAGUGAAUUAUACAUAAUAAAUAAAACUAAAGUGAAUAGAAAAAAUAAAAACAUGGAAUAAAUACAAAUUAAAUGAAAGUGCAAAAUUAAAGCAAAACGCAAAACUUUACAAAUUUCUUGCAAAAAUGGCAUAGAAAAACGUUGUUUUUGUUGUUGAAUAAAAAAAGCAAAACUACUGAUAAGAUAUUUCAUUGUGGAUGAAUAAUAAUAACCCGUAAACCUCUUCGUGGAAGAAGAUAAGAUAAAUCGUGUGUAAUAAAAAUGGAUAUGGAUCCAUCAUUAGAUAUGGACCUGAUGUCCAGUGGGAUGGUCGAAUCCCUGGAUAUUUUCAAAGAUGAGGAUGCUUUAACCAUAUUCAAGGAAAUGAUGACACCAGAUAUGCUGAAAAACUUUCUGGAUGACAUGGAUCAGGUUCAAUUACCCAAUGAAUUGCUUGCAAAUAUCGAUUGCCCCAUGGAUGGGCAAACACUGAAGUCCGAACUACUUACAAUGGAUACGGCAGCAUCACCACAACAGCAGCACCAUCAGCAGCAACUGCAGCAACAACAACAUCAUCAUAUUAAACAGGAAAACCUUUCCCCCUUGCAUAUGUCUCCGCAGCACAGUGAUAUGGGCGGUUCACCUUCGUAUAAACCACUUCUGUCCUCGGAUCCCCUGAUGGCUUCAAAUUUUAGUCCCCUACCACCAAUGGCCAGUCCAUCGUCAAGUAUGCUACCAUCACCCCAGGGUUUGCUACAGCCCCAAAAAACCUCUUCCCCACACCCACACAGCAACAACAACAACAAUACCCCCUCAAUGGCCAUGAAUAGACAUCAUCAACAGCAACAGCAUUCUCCAAAUCUUUUACAACAAAUGCAAAUGGAUGCUGCCACAACAAAUAUGGCCACCAAUGGUAAUCUAUUGUUACAAAACACCACCAAUGCAUCCUCGACUUUACAAUUAACUGCUGCUGGUCACAUGGAUAUGAAUAAUCAAGCCUUAAAUGGCCUGCCUUCAAUCAUAUAUGCAGCAGCAACACCAUCGGGUACAACGGCAUCGGCGGCAUCGGGGACAGUGAAUGGCAAUAAUACCUUUAUAUUGCAAUCAGCUACUCCCACGACAAGCAAUGCCAUGAGUGUCAAUAAUAUGGCUCACGAAAAGAAAGUACAAAUUCCUCUGAACACCACCAACAAGGGAGCUAUGCCGCCCUCCUCCACAUCAUCGACAUUAUUGGCAUCACAGCAGCAAUUUUUGAAAAAAAUCCAAACAAUACCGCAAAUUUUAACGGUGCAAAGUAUUGGAACCGUGGCCGCAGCAGCAGCAGCACCCAAUACAAAUGGCGGAAAUGUAGGCAACGAUAAAGCCCAGCAAGGAAUGCAAGCAACCUUAAAGUACACCACCCAGACAACCAAUCCCCCGCAUCAUCAUCAUCACCAUCAUCAAGCGAAUACAAUUCAAACGCAAUUAACAGCAACGGCUCAGGCUCCGCAAGUGAUCAUACAAACCAAUCCGGUUAUGUAUACAACCGCUAAUGGUACCGCAAUUUUGGCCUCUCACAUACCUGUUGUUUUGGAACCAGUAUCCUCCGUUACCACACCAUCCUCUUCGCCCGGUCUUAAUAACACAACACAGCAGCAACAGCCAGCCUCCUCCACAAACAACACUACCACAUCGUCACACACACCACCACCACAACCAAUUCAACAGGCGCCAUCGCCCAAUGGCCAACAUCAGGAUAAAUUACCCAUAAAUCGCAGUCCCCAACAGCAGCAACAACAACCCAAAGUCAAGGAAGUUAAACGUUCCGCCCACAAUGCCAUCGAACGACGUUAUCGCACUUCGAUCAAUGAUAAAAUAAAUGAACUCAAAAAUCUGGUGGUUGGCGAAUCGGCCAAGUUAAAUAAAUCGGCAGUGCUACGGAAAUCCGUCGAUAAAAUUCGUGAGCUGCAAAGGCAAAACUAUGAACUUCGCAUGGAGGUACAACGUUUGCAGAGUGAGCUGAUGUCACGUGACGGCUCCAAGGUACAAGAUCUGUUACACCCCUCAGUGGGUGGUGGUAGCGGCAGCGGCGGCAAAAAACGUAAAGCCUCCUCCAUUGAGGGUCUAAUCAUGUAUGGCAAGGAAAGUGCCAAUAUGAUGACACCGCCACGCAGUGAUGAUUCCGAUCCAUCGCUGUCGCCCUCACAUUCGGAUUCCUCGAUGCCACCGUCACCGUACGAUGGCUCGAGCUCCUCAACGGCCAGUGUUAAGGAUGGCGAUAUUGAAAUGUUGCCCAAACCAAUGCAAGGAAUGUCGGCCCAUUCACGUUUGGCCCUAUGCAUGUUUAUGUUUGCCAUAUUGGCAGUGAAUCCGUUUAAGAAUUUCUUGGGCAACUCUGGCGGGGAAUAUAUGUUCGAUGAUGAUGACUUGGUGGGACAGAGGAAAAUAUUGGCGGUGGAUGAAGCAGAUCUUGGUGCCAAGAUUUGGGGUAAUUCCACAUCUUCAUUGAUUCUAUGGACCAUGAAUAUAUUGGUUAUGUUAAUGUGUAUGAUCAAACUGCUGGUCUAUGGUGAUCCUUUGCUGGCAUCCGAAACACAAGCUUCCGAGGCCUAUUGGAAACACAAGAAACUGGCAGAACAAUAUUUUAACACGGGAGAUUCGAAGAAUGCCUAUUCCGAAUAUUUACGUUGUCUGCAAGUAUUUGGCAUAUCCUUACCAUCGACGCGUCUCGAAUCGUUCACAUUGACCAGCUGGCAGUUUAUACGUUUGUUCUUUCAUCGCAUAUGGAUUGGACGUGUGUUGUCUCGCAAAGCUGGUGGCCUUUUCUGCAGUGAAGAGCAGCGCAAAGAAGCCUUGGCCUCUGCCAGGGAAUUGGCCUUGAUUUUCAAUCGCUUGAAUCAGUUACAUUUGACAUCGAAAAUUAAUGAUUCGCAUGGUCUGGUUAUGUCUUUGUAUGCCAUCAAUAUGACCGAAGUGGCUGCCCAUCUGCUGACACCCAGCGAAUUGGCGAGCAUUUUCAUUACAUCCGCCUUGAGAGUCAAACGUAGCUAUCCAAGUUAUUUGAAAUUCUUUGGUCGUUACUUUAUUAGUCGGGCCAAAACGGAAAAUUCCAAAAUUCAUGAUCAAACCAGAGAGACCCAUUGGCUAUUCACUUCGUAUGGAUAUCGUUAUUUUAUUACCCAUGACUUCGAUUUUGUGGAGAAUGAAAAAGAAAACGCCAAUGUCUCGCUGUUUGCCACACUUAGCAAUCCUUCGGAUCCCAUGUCGUAUGUGGUGAAGCAUUAUCGUGAACAUUUACUGCUGCGGGCCAUUCAAUGUCUUUUGGGAUCUUCUGCGGGUGGCAGUCAUAAGGGUCAUCAUCACAACAAACAAAAUAAUGCCCAGGGCAAAGGUAAUGCAGCAGCGACGGAAGGAAAUUCUGCCCCUGCCCCGGGUACCAUUGUAAGCAACGUUCUGAAAUACACAUCCCUACUGCGCGACACAUUCUCCCAUGAAAAUAAUGAUGUAAAGAGUGAAUGGUGGUCCAGUGUCUUGGAAAUAUCUGUACAUUGGCUUUUGGGUGAAGACACCUUGGCUGAUAAUCUAUUGGAAACCGUAAAGGCAUUGCCUAAACCACUACUGGAAAGUGGUGACCAUUUACCCAAGGCUUUGUAUACCAUUCUCAAGGGUAAAGCAUUGUUGAUGGGUAACAAUGCCAACACCUUGGAUAGCCGUGACAUACAAAAAAUAAUGCAAAUUUGCGAUGAAUCCAGUGCCUAUUUGCAGGAAUGUCUGACCGUCAAUAAAAUAACCAAUGCCAAGGGCAUUAAAUUGCUUUUCCAAUUGCUCACCUGUGAUUGGAUUUUGGAAACUCGCACCGAACUAUGGGAAUCGGAAUAUAUGACAAUGGACGAUGAUGGUUAUUAUCAAGUGCCUGGUGAUGUUUUAGAAAAAUUCCAAACAGAUUUGAAUUCAUUGCGCAGCAUUGUUGAGGAUAUACCGAGCGGCCAAUCCCGUAUCUAUUUGUAUGAGGCCGUGUGUCGCCUUAUGGCCGGAGCCUCACCGGGACCAACCCAACAGCUACUGGAUCGUAGCCUGCGCUAUAGACAUGCCAAAUCUUCAAUUAUUUGCGGUGGCAAGGACAAAAAUCACAAUUUGGAGGGCGGUGAACGGGAACGGGCCGCUGCGAUGUAUGUGGCAUGCAAGUAUUUGCCAUCGGCCUUACUUUGUUCGCCGGGUGAACGGGCCGGUAUGCUGGCUGAGGCUGCCAAAACAUUGGAAAAAGUUGGCGACAAACGUAAACUCAAAGAAUGCUAUCAGCUGAUGAAAUCGUUGGGCAGUGGUUCGGCCGUUACUAAUUAAAGACUUUGUUUUUGAAAUACAUUAAUUUUCCUUAGGUUAUAAUUUCAAAGGCGUAUAUAAUAUAUAUGUAUUUUUUACUAUUCUUAAGUCUACUCAAUGUUGAUGAGUUUUGGUUUUUUUUU